AUGCGAUGCAGGGCUCCGAUAUGGCUACCGCGAUCGCCUCUGUUUAGGGGAAAUGUCAGAUACCCGCUCUUGUCCACGUCCACGCUUGUACGGCCAUACCAUGGCGCCAAUGAACCAGGCAGCCUGGAGGCAAAGGCGCAGCAGCCAGGCCGGGGAGAAGCUCGUCCGAGUCUGCCAGAACGGACCAAGCUGGAUCGAGAGAAUCUGCUGAAAGAAUUUGGCCUGGAGACAGUCCCAGGUACUGCUAACCAGGGCACUGGAGCCAAAGUCGACAAUAUGGGCCAACUGCAAAUCACCGACACGUCUCUGAGUGAGCGGCCCCAUAAGACGGCUCUGCUUCUAUAUAGGGCUCCAGUAUCCCUAACGGAGCGAGACUUCUUACGAAUUCUUUCUCCGGGAAAACAUAUUGAGGGGUGGAAGAGCCACGGAGGCCUUGAACAAAUAAUUCCAGCUCGCAAUCGCAAGACACUGGAGCGAACAAACGGCUGGCUUUUAUUGUUCUCGAGUCCUGCGGCGGCGGCGGCGUACCAACGCAAGGUACACAAACUGCGCGAGUUACUCCGUGACAAAACCCCCUUCUUCCCAGCGUCGAGCAUCGACCUUCCCUCCAACUAUCACGUCCCGGGGUCUAUGGGGUUUGCCCUGCAAGAUUACACACUCACAUCACCGUGGCAGUUUCCCCUGGUCACGGCCGAAUUCUUCCCGUUCGGCAGCUGGGUAAAUUCCUGCAUCAGGACGCAUGAAACAAUAACAGGUAUCAGCACGAAAGAUGGCCAACCGCCCAAGACUUCGCCAUCGCCCUCGCUGCCUCUGCCUGGAUAUCCGGUACGAAUGUGCAUAUCCCGCGAUUCGUCCCUCACUCUAACCAGAAAAUCUCUUAUAACCUUCCUUAUCUGGGAUGGGAAGAACAGGUCCGUACCAUGGGACCUUAUCGACGGUUGGGAUAAGGUCACGUUCUUGACGAAUGGAAAGGAGGACGGCAGUAAUCCUCUCGGCGAAAAGGUCCAAGCAAAACCCAGGUUUGGAGAAUACGAUGUCAGCAACUGGAGGAUAAUGUUUAGGUCUGCAUCUGAUGCAAGGAGGUUUGUGAGGACGUGGCAUAUGAAAGAGUUUCCACAGCCUACAGAUGGCCAUUACUGCGAUCCGCCACCGUUCGUGAAGGCCGAGGCCCUCUUUUGGGAUGACAGCUUUUAA